AUGUCAUGGAUAACAAGAAAGGAUUUAUCCGGAUUCCGCAUCACACCACACACAACUCUUAACGAGUACAAUCGUAUAGAUUCGCCUCCUUCAACAUCACCAGAGCCUUUCGGUUCAAUGUGUUCUUUAGACACCACAUUUGAAGCUAUGGAUUAUUUCAGGAAGAGUCCAGAUAAUCUACCUACGGAAGAAUUGUCACUGUUUUCACCCAAUGAGCAACUUCCAGACUGUACAGACAACGGAACUGAUGACUGUUUUUGGGCGUUCACCGAAAACGCGUGUAAUACGAGCUCGCAUUUGAAUACGAGUGAAGGAGAGCUCAGUUCCAACAUUGGAAAACCAAAAACUUGCUACUCAGUAAAUGUUCUGACUGCGGAGGACUUCAAUCUCAACGAUGAGAAACAGGAACAAACAAACUUUCAAGAAGAUCUUCAAGAAAUCGAACUUUCGGACAGCAAUCAACUAGCCGUUUCGCCCAAUUUGCAAGUCAAUUUUACAAACAAAUUUACUUUAAAUGGCUCAAAUAGUACAAACAAGCAAACGCUAACGGAUUGUCAACCAGGUUCAUCCAGUACAAUAGUGUCACCAACACCAGAAGUCGAGGAAAACAGAUGGGUGAUGAUAGAAUGUCAUUGGUUGAGGUGCGGUAAAUUAUUUGAGACGGAUGCGGAAUUUUUCACACACAUCAAGAAACAUUGUGUUGGUAGGCGGGUCAAUCGAUUUUGCCUGUGGGAAGGUUGUUCGCACACAUCUCCAUUUAAUUCAAUCGAACUGCUUGAAGGCCAUGUUUGGACCCACACAAAUUAUAAGAUAAUUCAAUGUGAUAAACCAGGAUGUAACAAAACGUUUUUGUUCAAGAAGAAAAUCAGAUAUCAUAAUUGCGCUUAUACUAGACAACUUUGUGCCGACAAAGAAGAUAUAGCGAAUAGCAAUACCUGUUCGCAAUACCUUCCACACACAGAGCAUGAAAACCAUUCAAAUUCAGAAGGCAAAAGAUACAAAUGUGACGCAUUUGGAUGUAUGAAAUCGUAUAAAUCGUUUGCACCCUUCGAGAAACAUUUGAAAACUUGUCUCUGGAAAAGAAUGUAUAACUCACGAAAGGAGCGAGAAGAAUCUGAUGUCAACAACUCUAUUGAAAUGCAAUGA